AUGGCCGACACACUGCCCCAAACCACGGCCCCCACGCCGGUGGCGGUGGAGCAGCCCAGCUAUGCGCACCCGGUGGCCGCCUUCUUCCUCUUCUUCUUCAAGGCCGCAGCCGUGUUUAUCUAUAUCUUCUGCGGCUGGUUCGGCACAGACUUUGUGAUCAACUUCUGCACUAUCACGUUCCUGCUGGUCUGCGACUUUUGGACGGUCAAAAACGUGUCGGGGCGGCUGAUGGUGGGGCUGCGGUGGUGGAACGAGGUGUCGGAGAUGGGCGGCAGCGACUGGAAGUUUGAGUCGCUGGAGGAGGGGCAGCGUGCGGUGAACAAGAAGGACAGCUUUGUGUUCUGGACGCUGCUGUAUGCCACGCCCGCGGUGUGGUGCGCGCUGGGCUUCAUCGCCAUCCUCAAGCUAAACAUAGAUUACCUGCUGCUGGUCAUCAUCGCGGUGCUGCUCAGCGGAGCCAACCUGAUGGGUUACCUAAAGUGCAGCAAGGCGGCGCAGAACCAGAUCAAGGGCAGGUUUAACUCGCUAUUCGCCUCUGGGCUACGCGCCUACAUGUUUUCCGGGCGAAGCUGA